AUUAGCUUAUUGCACUCACAUCCCACCAUGUGAGGGCAUAAUAUCAUCAUCAUGGCGAGGGAGCUAAAAGCCAUGUUUUGACUUAUUGUUACAAGCUUUGCGGAGGAGGAAAGACUCAUAAUGAAUAAUAUUCUUUUUUUUUUAUUUUUCUUAGAUUAGGAUAAUUAACAACGCCAAAGGAACAUAUAGUUAUAAGUGUGGUAUUGUAAGUGUAGACCUUGAGAUUGAUGAGUCAAAGUUCGAGCCAUAUAAAGUUAGGAUGCUCAACAUCUCUUGUGUUCGACAAAUAUAUGUCGAUCCAUUAUGUUUAACACGGACAAAUGUGUAUAAUCUAUUAUAUUUAUAUGUAUACAUCCUAAAUACUCUUGUAGUCGAAUUACUAGUCAUUUUGAAAUAGAACGAACUCGCGGUUUGCCAUUGAAUCCAAUGUAAGUAGCUAGCCCCCAUGAAGAAUCUUUUGGCAUGCAUAAAUGUGGCAGACAAAAGAUUCCAUCAAUGUUAACCUAGUCAAAAUGGCUCAUAGGAUCGCAUUACAAUUCCCUCAAAAGUCAAACACCAACAAAAAGAUGUAAUCAACCAAUAUUUAUUUUCCAAAAAUGUUAUUAUUCUUUUUUAUUUAAAAAUAAUAAUAAUAAUAAUAAUAAUAAAACACAGCAUGUGCGAAUUGCACUGUUUAACCUUUUCCAUCCUUAAAUAACUCCCCUCCUCGACCUCUAUGCACACGCAUAACUACUACUUGUAAACAAUGACUAAGGUGGGGGUGCUGCCGGUGCCGGUCAUCUUUGUCCUCCUCCCUCUCCUCCUCCUCGCCGCGGCCGACAGUGUCAUGGCAGCUGCAUCGGAGCAGCAGCAGAGCCGGUGCUUGAGCUGGAGGGUGGCGGUGGAGGCAAACAAUGCUCGGGCAUGGAGCUCCGUCCCACCCACAUGCAUCAAGUAUGUGGAGGACUAUAUGCUGCGAGGCCAAUACCAGAGGGACCUGGACGCAGUCACCUACCAGAUUUUCGCAUACCUAAACAACACCAUCAACGUCACUGCCGAUGGAAUGGACGCUUGGGUGUUCGACGUCGACGACACCAUCCUCUCCAAUCUUAUAUACUACAAAGGCAAACACUAUGGAGGAGACCCUUAUGAUCCAUUGGGAUUUAGAAGUUGGGCACAAAGAGGGAUUUGCGCGGCCAUUCCUAAGAUGCUCCGAGUGUACAAAAGACUGAUAGAGAAAGGUUUCAAGGUGUUUCUUGUGACCGGAAGGGACGCAGAGAUGUUCAACUUAUCGACAUCUCAGAACUUGGAUGCUCAAGGGUUCAAAGGGCAUGAGAGAUUGAUAAUGAGAGGGGCAGAUUACAGAGGAGUCGGUGCUUCGGUGUUCAAGUCUACGAUGAGGAAGCAGUUGGUGGAUGAAGGAUAUAGAAUCAGAGGCAACGUCGGUGACCAGUGGAGCGACUUGUUGGGAGAUUGCAAUGGCGAUCGCAUCUUUAAAGUGCCUAAUCCCAUGUAUUUUGUUCCAUGACACCGUCUAGUUAUCGUUGCCUCGAAUCUAAUUGAUAUUCUAAAACCUAAAAGUAUUAAGUAUAGAUACACAUGUAUGAGCUCAAAGCAAAUAAAGCAUUGGUAUAGUUGUUGUAUAAACAUAUACACCAUUAACCGUACGUGUAGUCGACUAAGUUGUGUACUUGAUUUAAACAUAAGAAAGUGAAGGAGUGUGUUUAUGAUCCAUAAA